AUGAAGCAUUUCGGAAUCUUGGCGCUCGCCGGGUUGGCAACGGCCAAACCUCUCCAAGGCCGGGCUACACAGCCUAUAAUAUCGUGUACAUCGCUAUCCGCACCUACGGUCGACGGUGCCGUGGUCACAUCGAUCAAUGCCACACAGCAGGAUGCACACUGUGCUGUAGAUGUAUACCUCACCCAUGGAACUGCUGCCGACAAUGUCCACAUCUUGACCUGGCUUCCUACAGAAUGGAAUGGGCGCUACGAAGGCACUGGUGGAAGUGGUGCUGUUGCCGGCGGGUCAUCGAGCUCUCUGUCAAAUCCUGUUGCGGCUGGAUAUGCUGCCGGAACCACGAACGCUGGAUUGCCAAGUUCGUCGGACGGGGCAGCAUGGGCCAACGACACGCAGCUCCGUACCAACUUCGCUUACUUAUCGGUGCACGAGAUGACGCUGGUAGGAAAGGCGCUCACUAAGCAGUACUACGGACAGGAGCCGGUGUACUCGUACUGGAAUGGCUGCUCCACUGGAGGCAGGCAGGGAAACAUGGAGGUCCAGAGAUAUCCUACGGAUUACCAGGGGGUCUAUGCCGCGUCUCCCGCCAUCAACUAUGAUCGUUUUCAGGUUGCGCAGCUAUGGCCGUUCGUCGUGCAGACCGUGGAGGGCGAGUUUGUGCCAAAGUGCGUCCUGACCGCGCUGACGAACGCGGCUAUCGCCGCUUGCGACGGUGAUGAUGGAGGCAAGGAUGGGCUCAUCUCGAACCCCAACACAUGCAACUUUGAUGCCGCGUCCUUGGUCGGCCAGGCGUCCAACUGCUCCGAAAGCCCGACGCUGACCGCCCGUCAGGCCAAGAUCUUCAAAAGCAUUGCCCAUGGGCCGGUCGACACCAGCGGCAACAAGCUGUUCUCCGGUAUCCCCCUGGGCACGCCGCUUGGCACUCUUGCCAGCACAUCACCUCCCAGCCUGAUGACGUCUUGGGUUAAGAACUUUGUUCUGAGGGAGCCGAACUUCAACUUGUCUACUGUGACGUACGAGACUUUCCCAAAGAUCUUCCAGCAGUCCAUCGACAUGUACCACAACUUCAGUGGCACCUCCAACACCGACUUGUCAUCUUUCCAAUCGGCGGGUGGGAAGCUGCUCUCAUGGCACGGUUUCUCCGACUCGAUCAUCGGAGGUAAUGGUUCUGUGCAGUACCGCGUGGAUGUGCAGAACACCAUGGGCGGCGCAGCGAAGGUGGACGAGUUCUUCCGCCUUUUCAUGGCCCCUGGUGUGGAUCACUGCAGUGGAGGAUACGGCGCCGUGCCUGAAGACCCUUUCAAUGCCUUGGUUGCGUGGGUCGAGAAUGGGACGGCACCAGAUACCCUUGCAGCCAAGGGCUCGAGUGGCUUCACCAGGAAUCUGUGCCGCUACCCUCUUCAGCUGAAGUACACUGGUUCUGGGGAUAUCAAUGCGGCGGCGAGCUGGACCUGUGUAUAA